GAGCUAUUCUUGGUGGAGAUCAACCGCCAAUGGCACUACGAUUAUCAGGGCAAUUAUUAUUGGGAGUUGUUCGCAUAUAUUCAAGAAAAGCGAAAUAUUUGCUUGAUGAUUGUAAUGAAGCUCUACAUAAAAUUAAGAUGGCAUUUAGGCCAGGUGAAGUUGAUUUAGUUGAAGAACAACGAAUAGCCAAUUUUGAAUCCAUCACAUUACCAGAUAAUAUUACGGAGUUUGAUAUAUUAUUACCAGAUCCCAGCCUUAAUAUCAAGCAAUGGACUGAUAUAACACCAGUUGCAACGUCAAGUUCAUCUAACAUCUCCAGACCUCAAGACAUUACUAUAAGAGAUAAUUUCGAUGUUUCAUUAACAUCAAAUAUUGGGGAUGAUUUACUGGGUGAUGCAUUUGAUAUAGAAGAUGGACGAGGACUAGAUCUUAAUUUGGACGAUGAGUUCGAUCCGAAGACGCUCGGUCAUGAUACCAGAUCCGAAAGUAACGAUGGUUCAGCCGAUAUUGAAAUUGCGAGAGAUGCACAACCCGAACUGUCAAUGACAAUGGAAGAUGUAAUUGGCAGUGAUGAAUCGGUUCAAGAAAUUCUGAGAUUCACCCCGUUGUCUCCACGAAGUCCUGAACAAGAAGUUCAAGAGUUAUUUCAAGAUGAAAUUAUUCAACCUGCAACACCAAAUCGCAGAAAGCGUAAAUUGAUCGUAGAUGAUGUGACUGAAUUGCCAAAUAGACAUAUUGCAAACCAAAUUAAAGAUACUUCUGAUAUUUUGAUCACGCCUUCUUUUCUUCAAGCAUCACGUAAUUUACUGCGCAUCGGGGAGAUUCGACAAACUGGAGCUUCUUAUUACCUUGAUUUAAAUGUUCCGCAUAAUCUCAUGCCACAAUUUCAUCAUCUCUUUGCUCGAAAACGUCUGAGGAUGUCUCCAUCACCACCUCCUGAGGAUUUUACUCAAGAAGAGACUGUUCAAGCUGGUCCAUCCCGAGUUGAUAAUUCAAUAAAUAGAGAAGUUAUUGAACAUGAAAACAAUGAUAAUUGCGGCGAUUUAGACGUUCAAAAUGCAUACGAUAGUCCUAUUUUUGAUCAGGAAUCAACUAAAGCCACGCCAGUAGAAUCAACGUCAGAACAUGAUAUUGAGAAUAACUUUGAAACGUUAUCUCUUCAUGAAAAUGAUUACGAUAAUGCGCAAGAUGUUACUAGUUCUAUUGAUGAUGCAGAGUCGUCAUACAACCGUGGUAUAACUAUUUUUGAUCAAGAUGAGCCACAAGAUCAACAAACCACAGGAAAUGAAUCUGCAUACAGCAAAAAUACGAUUAAAACUAUGCGACUUUUGAAGGAUAAAUGUCGCGGUGAAAUAAGUGAUCGAGCUAAAUCAAAAAGUCCAGCGCAAGUGGUUGUUAGUUAUGAAUCAGUUGUUGGCACGGCUAAACGGCAAGAUGCUGUUAAGUUAUUCUUUGAAUUAUUAGUUUUGAACACUAAAGAUGUUAUCCACGUUAAGCAAAGUAAACCAUAUGGCGAUAUCGAAAUUCUAUGCAAAGACAAAUUAUUCGACUUACUAGAAGAAGGAGUUGUUUAA